AUGUCUAUUCCGAAACUCCUGUACACUAUCGAACAGCCGCAUGGUCUAGGCGAAUUGUAUUUUCAGUGGCAAAAAGGAGAAUCACAUUCAGUGCUGGCUACCACGGGAACAGAUGCCACAGUGGCUAUUCAUGACCGGAGUGGACAAAUUAUGGAGCGAAUGAAAUUGCAAGGACUUUGUGCAGACAUGCAAUGGGACAAUGAUGGUGAUUACUUAGCAGUGAUUACACCAAACAGUAAUUCAGUAUUACUAUGGGAAUACCACGCUAAUAAACGGCUGAAUAUUGAGACAGGAUUAAGGGAACCACCAUCUUGCAUUGCUUGGGCGUAUGGGGAACCUUUGCUGGCUAUUGGCACUCAGAAAGGGAACUUGGCUUUGUAUAAUCAUCAUACUUCUAAGCGAAUACCAAUAAUAGGUAAGCACACAAAGAAGAUAACAUGUGCAGCAUGGAACAAAGACAGUAUUCUGGUCUUAGCGUCUGAAGAUAAAAGUCUAUCAAUAAAUAAUGCUGAUGGGGAUACUUUGAGGGUUAUUUCUUUAAGGGAUAUUCCCAAUGAUCUGCAGUUCUCCGAAAUGAAGACUGAUGAGAGGGUAGCGGGCGAGAAUACAAUAAGCCUAAUAGUCGGCAAGCGAACACUCUACUUGUACAACUUGCUAAACCCAGAAAACCCAAUAGAGUUAGCAUUCCAACAACGUUACGGGUCCAUAGUAUCAUACAAAUGGUAUGGCGACGGGUACAUCCUCAUUGGAUUCAGUGCUGGGUUCGUUAUAGCCAUCUCUACACAUAUAAAGGAAGUGGGAGAGGAAUUGUUCCAAGUGAAGAACCAUAAGGAUAAUUUGACUGAUCUUGCCAUUUGUAAUGGGGAGGCGGCUUCGUGUGGAGAUGGACAAUUAAAGUUAAUUUCGUUAUGGAACAAUGGUGAAGUGGCGGGCUCAGUGACGCCCCCUGGCGGCGCAGAGCGGUGCGAGUGGAGCUCCGACAAGCGAUUGCUUGCUACUGCAGGUCGUGCGUACUUAAACGUGUACGUGACAGCGUUGCCUUGUCUGUACGCUGCGUACGGCACGCGGGUUAUCACUCUCACUAGCUUGACAGAGGCUACGGUGUACCAGUGUAUUCCUGUAGGGGAUGAACCGGAAUCCAUUAAUAAGUCGGAGCCACUAGCUCUUGCAACCUACGCUCUACCAACGGAACCAAGCCUUAUAGCGCUCGGAGCGUCUCACGUUUGCUGCGUGAGCGGCGCGCACGCAUGGUUCUACCCACUAAGUGGGGGUUCAGCUUUAAGGAGGCAGUACCCUGCACCCGUGGACGUUAUGAGGGUAGCCGGACAAUAUGCCGCGGCAUUGUAUCAAGGACGCGCUAUGUUGCAUUCGAUUGAAGCACCUGACCCAUCGUCUCCCGAAAAGGACGCCAUCUUGUUCCCGGAACCGCACAUGCAAGGAGCCAAAAUAAUGGACAUCUACCUCACCAGCGACUUCUUCAUAUUUGUCACUGACCAAGGGCACAUUGAGUACUUCGGCGUGGAGGAGUGGCGCUCGUGCGUGCGGCGCAAGCACACGUGCGCGCUGCGGUGCGUGCACUGCGACAUCGGCGGCGCGCGCGCAGCCGUGCUCGACGUCAAGCGGCGCGCGCACGUCUACGCGCCAGCCAACGACGACUUGUGCGCCGUGCCGCGCCGGCAGCCCGACGAGGUCAAAGGAGUUAUCUGGGAUAUUUGCCUAUCAGACCGCAACGUGUUCAUAAUGUACACAGACGAGGCCGUCGAGACUUACUACUACGCGGCAAACAGCAUCAACGGGUCGCACGUUGACUUCGUGUCUGCCACCAGUAUACUGCCGGGACAGAUCCCGCUUAUACUGUUUUCGGGUGACAUGUACUGUUACGCUAAUGGAGGGGCAGUACAAAAAGUAUCUCUUGACUCGCACAACACUAGUGGCCUAGCGGACCCGGAUGCAGAGAAACGUUUAGCGAACCAGAGAAAACAUAUUGAGAAGCUCUUGUUGUUGAGACGGUUCAGUGAAGCGUGGUUAUUUUGCGAUGCAGUGGACGAAGUGGACGUGUGGAAGAAGAUGGGGGAGACUGCAGUUGCCGAGCUCAAUGUGGAAUUUGCAAUCCGAGUUUACACCCGACUUAGCGAUGUCGCGAUGGUCUGGGCAUUGGAAGACGCGUCGCAUAUUGAGGAUAUUUCUAUUCUUUGUGGGAUGCUGUGCGCGUGUCUGGGCAAGGGCGAGGCGGCGGCGCGUUGGCUGGAGGGCGCGCCCAAUGCGGCGCUGUACGCACUAGAGCUGCACGCGGCGCGGGGAGACUGGGCGCGGGCCGCCGCCAUCGCCGCCUCCUCCUGCGCCGCCCAAGCGCCUGCCAUCACUCUGCAUCGGGCACAGCACCUGGAGCUCACUGCGGACUACCACGAAGCCCUGGCAAGCUACGAAAAGAGUCUAAUAACAGAUUCCACUGACGAUCCAAAAACAAUAGAACAUAACAACAAAUGCGAAGCGGGCAUAGCACGAAUGUCUAUCCGAUGUAGUGACGUCAUGCGCGGAGUUACCAUGGCUCUAAAACAUGCAAACGAUACCAUGCUACUAAAAGAUUGCGCGCAAAUACUCGAAGAAGAAAAACAAUACAGCCACGCCGCCGCUUUAUACGAUCACGCUGGCAACACUGAAAAAGCAGCCUCUCUAUACAUAAAACUCAAGUCUUGGUUAAAAGUGGAAGCGUUACUACCGAAAAUAAACUCACCCAGUAUUCACAUACAGUAUGCUAAAGCGAAAGAAGCUGAGGGAAGAUACAACGACGCGUUGAAAUCUUACUUAAAAGCGCAGGAUUACGAAUCUGCUAUACGACUGUAUUUGGAUAAAUUGAAUGAUAUUGACGAAGCUGUAAAUUUAGUUCAGGAAACGAAAUCAGUACAAGGAGCGAAGAUGGUUGCUAAUUAUUUUCAGAAUAGUGACGAUCCGACGUCGGCUAUAAAAUUUCUCGUCAUGUCUCUGUGCUACGAUGAAGCCUUUCAACUUGCCAGAAAGAAUGGGAAGUUACAUUUAUACGGAGAAAUAUUGAUACAAACUUCACAAGCUAGGCCUGAAGAUUUUAAGAGUUUAGCGUUGCAUUUCGAAGGGGAGAAGAAUCAUUUGUUGGCGGGAAAGUUCUAUUUUCAUGCUGGUGAAUAUUCUAAGGCAAUAUCGCACUUGCUGAAGACUGGCGGAUCUGAAGAGGAGGAGAGUGAAGGAAUAAGUAUUGCCAUUGAUGCUGCUGCCGCUAGUGACGAUGAAAGACUGACUCGCCGGCUAAUAGAAUUCCUGCUAGGAGAAACCGACGGCACGCCUCGCGAACCACGACACUUGUUCCGCCUUUACAUGGCCAAGAGGCAGUUCGCUGAAGCUGCCAAGACUGCGGUGAUCAUAGCAGGUGCAGAAUGCCGCGCAGGCAAAUACCGCGAAGCGCGCGACGUGGUGCGAUCCAUGUGCGUGUCGCUGCGAUCGCGGCGAAUGCCCGUGCCGAGAGACAUGCGUCAUGCGACUGCCACACUGCACUCGUACAUACUUGUGCGAACCCACGUGAAGCGUGGACGCCACGAGUUAGCCGCAAGACUACUGCUACGUAUCGCGGCAGACGUAUCGUUUUUCCCUACACAGCAACACCAAGUGUCAAUCCUGACGUCGACAGUGAUAGAGUGCAGUCGUGCUGGUUUAAAGCACCAGGCUCAUCAUUGGGCCAAAAUUCUCAUGCAACCGGAGUAUCGUGCUCAGAUCGAUCCAAAGUACGUGAAGAAGAUCGAGUCGGUGGUGCGGCACGCUCCCCGCGCACCCCCGCCCCCGGAGGCGAGUGCGCCGUGCCCGCAGUGCGGCGGCGACCUGCCUGUGGCCGACCUGCGCUGUACCAGGUGUGAAGCCGACGUGCCCUUUUGCUUGGCCACGGGUUUACACAUCGUGAAAGAUGAUCUAACAGCCUGUCCCGAAUGCGACUUCCCGGCCAUCAUGACAGAAUUCGUGGACGUACUGCAGGAAGAAGGAAAGUGCCCAAUGUGUAACGAGAACGUUGAUUACAGACGUUUGGUUAAGAUUGACGAUGUAUCAUUGUAUUUAGAACAUAAUACUGGAGAAUAGUACAGCAGUGACAACUUAUCAUGACUUAUACAACUUGUAAAUUAGAAGAAUAAGGUAUGCAGGUUAUCUACGAAAGACAACCUGAUGUCAUAAGUUCCAUAGAGAAUACCAUGUAACAAGGUUUUUGUUUCUGAGUUACCAAUAUAAUUUUCUAAUUGGUUCUAACAUAAUAAAAAUUUUUUCGGAUUUAAAUCGCCGUGACCAUGGGUCCGUUACUCCAUUAAGGACCCUAAAUGUAGCAGGUUGAGAUUUAUCGAGUUCUUGGAUUUUCGCGAUUAUUAUAAAUUAGAAACUAUUUUUUAGUUUCGUUUCAACUGUGCCCAUGGGACUUGUAAAGGGCCCGAAACGUUUUGGUUUGUUUGAAAAACAAAUAUACACGAUUUAAAUACGGCAAAAUAGUUACAUUUCCUAUGUGUUACAAUCGCUAAAUCUUUAUUUCCUUGCAAAAACUUUGCUUUUUUUAGGAAACUUACUAAUUUUC